AUCGGAGUGUAUAGCAGCAAAAGUGGUUGUUAAUGUUGUUCUUCUUGGGAGAAUAUUUCUCGGAGGGUAUGGCUUCCAUCGCACGAGUCUUGAAUCCACCGGUCAAAGUCAACCACCGUCCCUCCACGGCUAUAUAUAAUAUCGAAUCCCAUCCCCAUGCGCUCCCUCACAACCCAAGAAGACAUGAAGAGAGGAGCGUUGAUAAUGUCGGAGCAAGUAAACCGAAAGCUCAUUCACACCUUUAGAUAUCGCAGAGGCCGCCUGCCUCUUGGAGUACGUUGUGGUAAGAGCUGCAGGGCGAGAAGGAUAAACCACGCAAGGCCGGAGCUUAAAACAGGAGGCUUUUCAGGAGACGAGGAUGAUCUCAUCAUCAAGCUUCAUGCUCUUCUUGGCAAUAGAUGGUCAUUGAUAGCGGGAAGGCUACCGGGACGCUCGGACGACCAAGUAAGGAACCAUUGGAACUCACACUUGAAAAGAAAGUUGAUGAAUAUGGGGAUGGACCCUAGCAACCACCGGCUGAACCAUCAUAACCACUGCUUCUGUGGACGUGAGCCGCAUAACAACGCCAUGGCAGAUAUAGCUUAUAAGGCCGAUGAUGAAUCUUCAGCUUCCCACUCAACUGGUCCCAGCGAUCAUGGAAUAGUGCCUGUCGAUCCCAUGCCACCCACAGCCAGCCUUCUUGAGCGUAUCAUCAACGUCUCCUAACUCCUCUUCAAACGUUUCCUCUUUUCCCAUAAAGGGCUUAACACACGCAUAGUUAGGAUGCGUUCCUUAAUUAUGCAUAUAUAAUAGAUCUCUUUCUCCUGAUCUAAACUCUUUUUUUUAUGACUGU